GUGUUUCGUAGACUUCCCAGAGAGAAUAUUUCCACGAAUGCAUCGACAUCCACCAACCAUCACUUUCUGAUGUUUUCCGCGAACAAUUGUCACUUCAAAGGUUUGCAGAACAACUCCUUCGCCAAUAACUUCUUCCGCAUAAACGGGUGGGAGUUUAUCAGCAACCAGAGACCUAACAUCCUCCGCCAGUCUGUAGAUUAUAUUAUGAGAAUGCAGAAACAUGUUAUUUGCAUUGAGUAUUGAUUCCGCAUCCGGCAAGGCAGUAGUAUUGAACGCAAAAAUCUCCGCCCCAAUUGCAGACGCCAGUUCCACUUCAGCUGGAGUAACAGGGCCAACACCAGAAAAUGCAAUUUGGAUACGACAUUGAUCUGAGGGACAAGUUGCUAACAUGUCUGAAAUUGCUUCCAAACUUCCCUCAACAUCAGCUUUAAUGACCAGAGGCAGGCUCACGAAUUCACCUGCAUUACCUGAAUCUAGCAGUUGUGCUGCUUGGCUUUUCCUGAAUUCUGCUGCAAAACGCCGGGCCGAAUCAUGAUCCAUUUGUUCGCGUUUUUUGAGGUAGGUUUCGUAAGUAACCCGAUACUCAGCAGUUCGCUUAUCAGAGGCUAUUUUAUCUGCGACAGACUUCUGUUCAAGUCUUCGUUGACGUCUUGUUCUUAUGGCUGCAUCGGCUUCAGAAUCAGAAGAGACUUCAAGGAUUAUAGAGCCAACCGAUGGGAAUGACUUCCAUCCAGCAAUUGAAGCGGUAUAACCGGGAGUUACAGAAGAAACACGAACUCCCCGAUCAUUUCGAAGAACUCGUGUACAGCCAAGACUUUCUCCUGCAAUUAAGGGUCCACUUGCAGAGCCCUGUUUGAGUUCUCCUCUGGUGACAAGACAGUUGACCACUUUCCCAAGCCCAUGCUCCGUCCGACAUUCAAGAACAAUGGCUUCAGCAAGACCUGUGGGAUCAGCGGAGAUUUGCAUCAUUUCAGCUUGAGCGACAAUAGCCUCCAGUAGGGCUACAAGAUUAAUGCGUUUGAGAGCAGAAACUUCUACAGCUUGGACUUCACCACCAAGCUGUUCCACCAAUACGCCAUGAGUGGCUAGGCCUUGUAUGGCACGGUUCACAUCCACACCAUAUUUGUCAAUUUUGUUGAUGGCCACAACUAGAUGAGCUCCAUACUCUUUAGCAAAUUUAAUUGACUCCACUGUCUGGGGCAUAACACCAUCAUCUGCAGCAACCACAAGGAGGACAAUGUCCGUCGCUUUCGCCCCACGGGCCCUCAUGGCUGAGAAGGCAGCAUGACCGGGAGUAUCCAGAAAAGUGAUCACUCCAUCGCCCGUUUGACCCGCGACGAUUUUGGUCACUUCGCUGCUGUUGGACGCAGCUGAAGCCACUGCUUCAGCAACUGAAAGAGAAAACGCCGAGAGGUGUUGUGUUAUUCCACCGAAUUCUUGGUCGACGAUUCGAGAGGAUCGUAAAGCAUCUAGAAGAGUGGUUUUCCCAUGAUCAACAUGUCCCAUUAUUGCUACCACCGGUGGUCGUGGAACACAGACACACGGGUCGGCUGGAGGUCUUGGGUAAACAUCGAAUACAUCGCUUGUUGAACUCUUCUUCAAAUCCAGAGGCGUCUUUCUCGAAACAAAAUUGGGUCUAUAUCCGAGGAGAGACACAAGACCUGUCAAAAGGUCCCGAUUUUCAAUCGCAGUGGUUGCAUUAACCCGAAGUGAACCCAGUAAACCUGAAUUGACGGAACGGAUGAUCGAACUAAGAGGACGUUUAGUGAGCUUUGAAAGUUCGGAGAUGCUGAUACCAUCCCAAACAUCAAUAGUGGGAGAACUUUGCCGGUUGGCGGAUUUUACUGACCGAGAUUUAGUUUUGCAAUGUAA